AACAAGGUAGUCGGUGUUUCAUUCAUUGUCAUAUAACAUGGCGUGGUUUGGCUACAAUCGCUACAAUUCUCACGGUAAACGAAAUUUUACUGUGUAUAUGAACGAAGGAGAAAGAUAUCAGAUUGAGGAAUGGGUGAAAAAAUAUCCAAAUAUUGAAACGGGGGGAGAUCUUUUCGGAGCAUGGAUUGAUGAUCGUACAGCUGUCGUCCAGUUUGUGUUAGGACCGGGGAAGAAGGUAUACCGAACAACUGGAUCGUUUUACCAAGAUAUAGACUACCUAGGAGAUGCUGGUAGUUACCUGACACAACAACAUGGCUUAUGCAACAUUGGCCAAUGGCAUUCUCAUCAGGGUUCAACACGACCAAGCGGCGGAGAUGAAAACACCGUCUGGGGAAACAUGCCUAAUCUUGGUUUGAAUCGAUACAUCGUCAUUAUUGCUACAAUUACUAGCAGCUCUAGAUCUUACUAUAAUGAAAACUAUGGCAGUUCGUACCCUAGUGCUUACUCUGAUGACGAAAGAAUAACUGUGAAUAUAAACCCCUACCUCUUUGAAAUCAAGGAUGGGCGCAAAAAUGAUGUGUUGCAUGGCUCGUUUCAUUACAUGACACAGAAUUCGCCAUUUCGUUUGGAUAAAGCUAUUGAAGUUAAAGUAGCAGUUGAAGCAGAGACUAUCAACAAUGUUGCAAGCUACGAAGAAAUUUCAGCGGAAGAGAACAGAAAACGGUCACACGAAACCGGAAAAGGACCAGUUCAACCCGAGAGUAAGGAAUCAGGCCUCUAG